AUGGCUGGUCCCUCACCCCAGACCAACAACACCACCCCCGCCACCCCACCCCGGCGCCUCCUACUAGUCAGCAUCCCACGAACAGCCUCAAACCUCCUACUCAAAAUCCUCAACAUCCCCCAACAGCCCAACCUCCUCACAAGCGCCAAAGGCGGCUACUUCUUCUACCCAGCCUACACCAAAGCCGCCGCAGCCCUAAACAACAAUCUCCCACACAAACCCAUCUCCCAAUGGACCGAUGACCAAAAAGCAGAAGCCCAGCGCUCCUUCCAGGAGUGUUUCAACACACUGGAAGAAUACUCCACGCAAGCCUCAACCACCCACAAAAUGAUGUUCGCCAAAGAACACGCCUACUGGCUCUACAGCCCCGCAGCCCUCCACAAAGCAAGCACAGGCAUCCACGACGAAGCCCUCUUCAACGAAUUCCGCAUAGCCAUGCCGGAGCAGUACGGCGCCGCACAGACGUAUUCCCGGCUCAACGAGACGGUGUUCUCGGACGAGUACCUGCGCUCGUGGCAGCUUGCGUUUAUCAUCCGGCACCCGGCGCUGGCGUGGCCGUCCAUGUACCGGGCUAUGGUGAAGAUCGGAGAAUCGGGCCUGCUGGAUGAGGACGGGGUGCGGGGGGCGUCGUUUUCGAAUAUGGAUAUGCGGUGGACAAGGUUGAUGUAUGAGUGGUGCUUGGAGCAGCCGGAUAGGCCUGUUCCGCCGCCGGUUAUUGAUGCGCAUGAUCUCGUGCAUAAUCCUGGGGUUGUGGGGGAGUUUUGUGAGCGGACGGGGCUGGAUAAGGGUGUUGUGCAGUUUGAGUGGGCGGAGCAGGGCGAGACGAGGAAGUCGGCGAAGUGGGGGAGUCAUGUUGUUGGGGAGGGGGCUGAGGAGGUGAGCUUGCAUCAGCGGGCUGCUGGUGUUAUGCUUUCUACGUUGGAGAGUUCGUCGGGGGUUGUGAGGGAUAAGGCGCCGGAGGAUGUGGAUAUUGAUGUUGAGGCGGCGAAGUGGAGGGUGGAGUUUGGGGAGGAGAUUGGGGGGCUGGUGGAGGAGUAUGUGAGGAAGUCCAUGCCUGAUUAUGAGUAUUUGAAGGCUCGACGGAUUACAGUUUGA